CACCCUGAACCGGUCGCCACGCCAGCCAGUCGCAGGGCACACAUAGAGACAACCACCCACACCAUCACUGAGUGGGAGUGGAUCCAACGCUGCCGGCACACCAGAUAGGAGAGUCCAUUACAACAUCUGCAACUUCUUAAAGGAAUAAUUAAUAAAAUGUUUUUACUGUACUAUUUUCAAUGCUAUGGUGAUACUUAGUGGGAAAAAAGUUCGACAGCCACUGCAGUAGCCCGCUUCUCGUGGUUGCAAUUCCAUUUGUCGUCACUUGGUUGCAGUAGAGCGUGAUAGAGUUGUCUACCUACUGCCAACGUAACUGAAAGAAGAAGAAACGAUCAAGGCGAAGCGGGAAAAGUAAAAACAAGGAUGGAUGGCAGAGAAGAUACUUGCGAGGAGACCAGCAUUCUCCCCGCGUCGUCUUUAGACCUAUACGAGGCGCAGUUUUUCGGCUUCACGCCGCAAACUUUCAUGUUCCGUCUCUCCAGCGCCUUCCUGGAAUGUCUUUGCGACAUUUUGAACGUGGUGGAGAAAGUAUGCGUGCGACAACUGAGUAAAGGUGAGUCGGACGCGACUACCGAGGAGAAGCUCCGCGUCCAGGCUAGAGAGUGUAGCCGCAAACUGCAAGCGUUUGUGGGAGAGAGCUUCAAGCAGCUGUCGGAGCGGAUGGAGGAGCAGCUGGUCACCCGCUGUUUCUCCGUCCCGCCCAAGGUCCUACUGAAGGAGGACGAGUGUCACAGGAAACAUCCUCCGGACACACAGGAGAUGCUCAGACUGGAGUCGUCCUUGACGGAGGUCCGCAGGGCUUAUGAGGCCGAGGUGUGUGCUCGAAAUGCACUGCAGGCUGAACUUGAGGAGCAAGCGGAGGUACAGAAGCAGCUGGAUGGCUUCUUGGCUUGGCUCAGGGAAGGAAAGGGCAGUUUCCAGGAAAGUUUCCAACCGGUGGCGACAUCCAUAAAGACAUUGCAACAGGUCAUUGUGGAGGUGUGCAACAAGGCGCCGAAUCAUCGCUCAACUUAACUUACUAUGUGCUUUAAUUUGAUCGUUACCCCAAGAUUUGUGCACUCCUUUAAGUGAACUUAGGGGAGAUAGAUUCUGCAAAUGUUCACCCUUGUCUAAAAAGUGUUUGGAUAUUUUAAAUGACUAAUUACUGUCUGCUGAACAAUUAACAUUAAAAAAUAAAUCAAGACCCUGUGAUCACCAGCAGAGGGCGUGUACAGCCAAUCUUUCACACCAGAGGACAAGCUCGAUCUUUUUUGCGCCUUGGACAGGUUUCACGUGAUAUUUUGAUGAACCGACAGAGAAAAAGAUGUAAAACAAAGAAUUAAAAACACAACUCACUA